CAUAGAGCAACAUGGCUCCAAGCAUAAGAGAAGACUGCUAGGAGAGAGAGAGAGAGAGAGAGAGAGAGAGAGAGAGAGAGAGAGUUAUAUGCAUGUGUAUAUAGAGAGAGGCAGCACAAAACUUCAGUCUAUACAUACCUUACAUACCUUUACACAACCUAAUAACCACCAUUGGCAGGCAGCAGCAUAGCUAGCUUGCUUCUAAUGCAUGGUUCCUUGUCUUGACCAGCUUCACAACACAACCACAUUGUUGUGGUCUUAUGCAAGAAAGGCCAGGGCCAGGGCCACUGCUGCACCAGCCAAGGCUAGCUACAACACCAAAAGGUGCUGGAAUUAUACAUCUCCAAGGUCCAAGCUAGCUAGAAGACCUUUGGUGGUGAGGGUGAGCUUGGAGGAGGAGGAACCCAUGGCUGCUGCUGCUUCCUGCAUAGCUUGCAAUGGCGGCAGCGCUGAUGCGAAGGAGGAGAAGCACAAGUGUGAGCUCAUCAGGUACGAAGCACUGCCGGAGUGGCUCAAGGACAACGAGUUCAUCCAUGGCUACUACCGCUGCGAGUGGCCGAUGAAGGAGACCAUCCUCAGCAUCUUCUCCAUCCACAACGAGACCCUCAAUGUUUGGUCGCAUUUGAUCGGGUUCCUGCUGUUCCUGUGCCUGACAAUCUUCACAGCAAUGGUGAUCCCAAGGAGCGGCAGCAGCAGCAGGAGCAGCACUGCAUACCAGCUGGGAGAUCUGGUGGAGAUGGCCAGGGCCAACAUGACGGUAGCGCUGAGGCAUGAGGCACUUGCAGCGUGUUUCCUGCUGCCACCAUCUGCUGCUGCUGCUUCAGCUGCUUUGUCUGAAGAUGGUCAGCAGAUCCCAACCAGCUGUCCACCCAACACUUCCUCCUCCUCCUCCCAUCAUCAUGCCAUCCAGAUCCAGGGCAGCACUGGUAAUACGUCGGUCACCAAGGACGCCGGCGCCGCCAUCGCCACCGCGGCUGCCGACCCCAUCACGCGGUGGCCGCUAUUCGCGUACCUGGGCGGCGCGAUGGUGUGCCUGCUGACGAGCAGCGCGUGCCACCUGAUCCUGUGCCACUCGGAGCGCACGGCGUACGUGACGCUGCGGCUGGACUACGCCGGCAUCGCCGCGCUGAUCGUCACCUCCUUCUACCCGCUGGCCUACUACUCCUUCCUCUGCGCGCCGGCGCUGCAGCGGCUGUACAUGGGCUCCAUCACGGCGCUGGGGGCCGCCGCCGUGACGGCGUCGCUGGUGCCGGCGUUCCAGGCGCCCGAGCUGCGCCCGCUCCGCGCCGCGCUCUUCUCCUGCAUGGGCGCGUCGGGCGUCGUCCCCAUCGCGCACAAGCUGCUCCUCUACGGCGGCACCGCGCCGGGCGCCGUGGCGUCGGCGGGCUACGAGGCGCUCAUGGGCGCGCUCUACGCGCUCGGCGUCGCCGUGUACGCCGCGCGCGUCCCGGAGCGGUGGGCGCCGGGCAGGUUCGACCUCGUCGGACACAGCCACCAGCUGUUCCACCUCUUCGUCAUCGCCGGCGCCUACGCGCACUACCUCGCCGGAGUCGAGUACCUCAAGUGGAGGGACGUCGACAAAUGCUAGCUAGCUGGCUGCUGAUUGCCGUGGCGUGGCGGCGCCAUGCGCGAGGGCGCGGUGUACACGCUGAAUCAUGUCAGCAAGCACGUAAGCAAAUAAGCAAUGCUGCUGUACUGUACACAUGCUGCGGCCUUGAGAAGAGAUUGGUGAAACUGUGACAGAGUGACAGGUGGGCCCGGCCGAUAUAUGCAUGGUUGGUCGCAGAAGUUCAUCAAGAGGUUUGGCUAGAGAAAGAUUAUGCCGUGUACCUAAUUAGUAGUAGUAGACGAUUUUAAAAAGAAGGUAGUGUAGACACUAUUUUGAUUAUUCCUUUUUGUGGACUGAUUGAGAUCAAUGGGUGUAAACAAAUUAAUGUAUGUGUCUCAUAUCUAUUACCAGCUGGCUGAACAUGAGAUGACAGUGUUCAUCUUCAGACUUCAAGUCAAGAGAUAUAGAAAUAUUUUUAGGCCUUGUUUAGAUGCGAAAA